CUUCUAGCCUGUGGCAAGGCCAAAAUGUAACGUACGGCUGUCCAUGUUCAGAACUGUAAUUCACUCGUACAGAAAACAGAAAACUGUUUUAUUAUUUUGCAGCAGCAUCAUUCUGCACUCUGUAAUCUCUAGUCUACUCAUAAAAGUUCUUGGUUCCACCAUUUUGUUUCGCGACUGAAGCUACUGGCGAUACAACCAACCUGCUUCAGUGAAUCAUUUAGGAUAGUUUUAACUGCCAUCUUUUUUCAAGGGGAUAAACAAUGCUAAAGCGAGCGCUUACGAGAUUUCUGCUGAUGGAGCGGCAAGGUGGUGAUCCUCUGAUAACACCUGUCCAUUCUCAGUGGUUGCGUGGAGUGAAGACGCGUAGGCAGCCCGCGGAACUGGCAUCAUUGCAUCGUAAGAACAUCCGCUCAGUGUCUCGAGUCGCUCCCGGAAAAAUUUCGCCAACUCCGCCACCAUUUAUCCCGUGGAGCGGUUUGCCCGUUCCAAACGCUGCAAAACCGUCGGUAGGAAUGAAGGAAUCUCGUAAUAUCCGCUUUCCGACGCCAACCAUUCGGCCAGCACCAUGCGUAAACAGCGGUAACUCAGUCGGUGGUGGGAUUUUCUCCAAAGGAGUCCAAAAGUUGCUGGAUGAGAAGCUGGCGCGCGUUCGAGCGGGGGAAAAGGGUCUGCUGACGAAGACUGCACGCAUUAAACUGGAUGUAGCCAUUAACACGGACCACCAACGCGAUUGGUUUACAGCUUGGGGACAAGUGGGGGAGAGCAUAUUACGCAUGGAUGCUGGUUUCUACAAACACGAAUAUUGGGGCAAUGGAAUUGACGAGGAAAUACCAAGCUUGGCACGUCCGUUUCACAUGGUGUGGAAAGCAUCGCCGACGGGUAGCAUGAACAUCGCUCUGAUUAUCAUUGGUGACGCCGAUCACGCCCAGGAAACAUUCGUGAAAAUGGAGGAAAACGUCAUGGAAGGGAUUCAGCAUCUGCAUGAAGUACGUUGUAUUAGGGACGAGACCACAUUUGUGGCGUUCCGCGGGCCAUCGUUCUACUGGGGAGUUGCGCGCCUUGGCCAGACGCCCGUUCGUCGUUGUGAGAUUACGGAUAUCCGAGAGCCGGCAGCCGAGGAGGUGCUCGAGCAGCUGGCCAAGCACCUUUGCGCUUUGUGAUGGAUUCCGUGGUGCAUACUUUGUGGUCUUAUAAUCUCGGUUGGUAUGAUCUUUCUCAUCACUGAUGUACGUUGCUAGAGUAGCAAUUCGUGGAAAGCGUACCGCUACCAUAGUUUCUCUUGAGUUGUUGAUGUUUGGAUUAAAGAUUCGUAUUACUGUGU